CGGUGACAUACUUUUGUUUAAGUGAUAUUACCAUCGUGUGGCUUUGACUUCCACAAUGGCGUCCAAUGGUGUGCCUAAUGUUCCGGCGGUUCGCAACUGUUACAAUUGCGGCCAGCCUGGUCAUAUUUCCAGGUUCUGCCCGCUUCCGGAUCGAAGACUGAAUGGGGUGCAGCCAUCGAAUGCGAUUUUGCCUGCGCAACCCUUGUUGACUUUGCCAUCGACAUCGAACGUGGGGACUGCUGUUCCGUACUACUCUGGGCCGUACAACGGGGGAAGUAGUGGUAGUGGGUUAGGACGAAAGGUUAGCACGCUGGAGGAGAUUGUGGGGAGGAUUAACUCUAAGCAUGAAGCUAACGAAGCACGGUUACGUGAACAACGAGAGGAGGAAGAAAGGAAAAAGCGAGAGAAGGAGGAAGAAGAGCGUAGGCUUGCUGAGAAAAAGGAACGAGAAGAAUUUCAGAGUGAAAUGCACAGGGAAAUGUCGACGAAAUUGGAUAAAGUAUGUGAUGAUGUUAAUGGGAAGAAGAUUGGUGAGUCGAAUGAGAUUACGAAGUUGAGAGCGCUCGUUGAAUCCUUGAGCCGGCAGUGCAAUGGUGGUAGAACUACUGAGGGUGAGGAGGUUGUAAAGCUGCGUGCACACGUUGAGCAUCUGAAACGGGUGAACGAUGGGGCCAGUACCUCUGCGACAUUGACCAGAGCGGCAAGCGAGGCGGACAAGUUGGUCCGAUUGAGGCGUGAACAAGUGGAGGGCACUGGAGGCUAAGGCGGCGACUGAUAAACGGCUCGCUACGCU